UUUUCAUUUGUUUUGUCAAUGAGAAAAAUUACAGAAUCUUUUUUGAUCGAAAACGAAAACGAAAAGGAUCUUUUUUCAGAUUCAAAACCGGCAAUCGAAUCACACACACACACACACACACAAAGAAAAAGAUAGCACAGCGAAUCCUAAGUGUCCAAAGAAAAAUCUUAAUAAAAGUAUGCAAAGGUCACAGAACAAUGUCAUACACGUCUACCUUUCUUAUUAACAAUGUGAUGCCCAUCGAUAUUAAAAUAAAGGAAAGAGCAGCUGUGGAAAGGGUGAAAUUGCUGGGUAAAGAACAAGAUGAAAACAUUAAUAUUGAUCUGGAAAAAACAGUUCCCGUCACAAGUCUUCCACAUCCAGGAAAAAGAAUCAUAAAAGAAUAUUUGAAAAUUGUCGAUCACAAUGAAAUCAACAAGCGUAUAACAAACGAAAAAAUCUCGAUCUUCACUGAUGGUAGUAAGCUGAACAAUCACACUGGUGCAGCAUGUAUCGUUACCAAAAAUCAACAACUAAUCGAUCAAAAAAAGUGGAAACUGGCUGAUCACUGUUCUGUCUUCCAAGCAGAACUGCUAGCUAUCAAAAUGUCUUUAUUGCAGUUCCAACCCGAAAGCAAUGUCACCGUUCAAAUAUUUUCUGACUCAAGAUCUUCCCUGGAGGCGAUUAGAGAUUGCAAUAACUGCCAUCCAUUAGAAAAUAGAAAGCCAUGA